CGUCGUCGCGGUGUGCGCACCAACGUCAACGCGUACAGUCGUGUGUUGUGUGUCGUGUCGAUCGCGUCUCCUUCUAUUAUUAGCAUAUUAUAAUAUUAUUUUUUCCUCGGUCUCUCCGUUGACGUUAAAGUCACCGUCGCGUGCGAUUUUAUUUACCGGUAUAAUUUUUACGUCUCACCGGUCUUGUUUUCCGUGCAGAUAACGAACGCAUAAGGAUACAGCACACUCGUUAUCGUCGUCGUCGGUGAGUACACGAUAUUAUGACAAUGCAUAGCCGUAACAGCAAUAAAAAAAAAAUAUAUAUCACGUUCACAUUCUUCACCACUCGACAACCAACUGUCAUGUAACCCAAGUGCUAUAAGUGCAGAAAUCAAAAAAUAAAUAACUUGCUGAAAUGUCUUCGUUGUACUCGUGGGUGAUUUGCACCCUGUUGGUCGGCAUCGUCUGCAUGGCCUCCGCUGUGAACAGCCCGACCAAAAUGUACACGGGAUAUAAGUUGAAUCCAACGUCUCUACGUAUGAUUUAUCACCAUGACCAGACCAUAGCCAUUGUUGAAAUUGGCGAAGGUAAAGCUCUCCUCAACUGUGAGCUCGUCGAAAUCUACAACGACGAGGAAGGUAAAGAAAUGUUGAAAAAUCUGACGAGAAUCAACAAGCCACUGCGAAUCACUCUUGAUCAAAUGAUGAAACUGAUUAGCCAAUGCGAUCUGUUGGAUCCACACCAAGUGAACCCCGAACAGUUGAAGUUGCACGCACGUGGUGUCAACGGUGGUGACGAAAUGAACUCAAACGGUGUUCCGACGACUACCUCCAGUUCGUUGUACUCGGGAAUACUACCAGGUACAAAAUGGUGUGGUAGUGGAGAUCUAGCUACAACAUUUUUUGAUUUGGGACCAGAGGUCAAAUUAGAUAUGUGUUGUAGAACGCACGAUCUGUGCCCAUCAAAAGUCAGAUCGUAUGCUACCAGAUAUAACAUCACCAAUAAUUCCAUGUACACAAAAUCACAUUGUAUUUGUGAUAAAACAUUUUACAACUGUCUGAAAAAGGCCAAUCAUCCUACCGGAGAUCUCAUGGGAUCUAUAUACUUCAAUAUACUCCGUGUGCCAUGUGUGGAUGAAAGAAAUGGAAAAACAGUAUUUAAAAUACCACCAACAUAUUAAAUUAUCUUUUAACUUUUGUAUAAAAAUUAAAAUAAUUCUUAUUUUUUGUUAGUUUAUUUGAAUUUAUGUUAAUAUUUAUGUAUGAGAAUAAUCUAAUCAACAAAAAGAACUUGUAUAAUAUACAUUACAUCAUUAAAAUAUACGUCAUGUUUGACAAUAAUA